AUGUUCCACUACAACAAUCCGCCUGUGCGUCCAGAACACGCUCCCGCCUCCAUACCAGCAUAUCUUCCAGGAGUAGACCUUGAGGGGAGGCCCGUGACACCACCUCGUCCCGCUAUUGACCUGAGAAGCGACCCUCGGGCUUUUCACUCUCCCAUCAGCAUCAACUCUCACUCUCUGAGUGCACACAUCACAGGAGAGAAGCAGACUCACGCAAAGAUGGGCAAGACGCUCUUUGGUGAAGUCCUUACCGGGCUCAUCAUCGACGUACCACAUCUCAUUGAAGACAAACUGUCGGACAAGGCACUUGGCCGUGGAUUGGGGAGAUGGGUCCACGGAGCCGGCUCCGAAAAGGCAAAAGGUUUCACAACGAAAGUGGCGAAGAUGGUCUCGCACCUGAAGGAGGGUGCGAUUCUGAAGAAGAAAGGGUUUUAUUCACAGCCUGCGAAGCGUUGGCAUGCGUGGCGGACCCCGAGACGAGCGGAAUCUAUUCAGAGGUUGCAAAAGGAAGAGGAAGAAGAACAGACUCAAGCGGAACCGCAGCUUGAACAACUUGUGCAAGCCGUGCAAGAACCGCAACCUCAACUCGCGGAGCACCCGAAGGAAAACCGGGCUUCCGAACAGAUGAAGCAGCCGGAGCCAGAGCAGGUCCUUGAACACACAAAGCAGUCGGAGCAAGAAGAGGUUCCCGAACAAACAGAGCAGCCUGAGCAAGAAAAGGUUCUUCAGCAAUUGCAACAAACAGAGAGCGGAGCAAGCUUGAAAGAAAUCCCACGAGAGGGGAGGAAGAAGAAGCGCUCAACUGGACCGUCAGAUGAGGAAGACACAGCGAAUUUUUUCAAUGCUAUCGGAAACAAUAUCCGAGAGAUGCACGGUAUCAGUGGACUCACGUUCGACGCCCGAGUAUUCUCGGCCCGUUUCCGCCAUUGCUCCCCUGCCGAUGCUGCCGUUGACUGCGUCCGCAAGCCGGACCUGGUCGUACUUGAACGAUGGGCCGCCGAUGCACCGGAUGCGAUGUGGCGCGAUAUCAAGGCUCUUCUCGAGAUCAAGCGUUCAAGCGCAGAGUCGGCUCGAAGAGAUGCGUAUCGAGAACUCCUGAACUGUGUCCGGAUGGUCUUUGCGGCGCAGAUGAACCGUCGAUUCGUGAUGGGUGCGACGAUAUGCGGAGACAUCAUGACAUUCUACAUCUUUGACCGAAGCGGUUGCCUCGUCUCUGAGGCGUUUGAUAUUAACACGGACGUUGAGCGAGUGACUCGAGUUGUGUGUGGGAUGUUGUUUGUGGAUGAGAUCCGAUUGGGAUACGAUCCAACGAUCUUCAGAGAGAAGGAUGGACGAAUUGUCGUCAUGUUCAAGGGUGUGAAGUACGUAUGUGCUGAAGAUCCGCUGUACGUUGAGAAGUCUGUGCGGGGACGCGGGACUGGCUGCUUUGAAACUCUAUACCUUGGAGAGCCAGCCGUGAUCAAGGAUGCGUGGGUGGAUGACUCACGGAGACGACUUGAGCACGAGAUCCUUGAGAAAGUGAAGGAUGUUGAGGGUGUGGUGAAGGUCGUGGACUACGAGAUCGUGCAAGUACCGAAUGAUGAUGAUGAAUUGGAGAAUGAUACGACGACAAGGAAUCGUAAGCGAUUGACCGAGAAGGAUUAUUGGAGAACGAAGGCAAAAUGGUCUGGGUUUGACUUGGUUGAGACCCGGACUCACCGGCGAAUUAUCUUGCAACCAUGCGGAGGACCACUCGAAGGAUUUGCAAACCUUAGCGAGCUUUUACUUGCAAUCAAAGAUGUCAUCAAAUGUGUCCAGGAUCUACUUGAGAGGAAGGUGCUACACCGGGACAUCAGCAUGCGGAACAUCAUCCUUGCGAAAGCCGAUCCAAAAAAUCCGGAUUCACGCAUGCGCGCAUAUCUCAUUGAUUUCGACUAUGCGUUGGAUCUGGAAAACCUGUCGCAAGAUGUGGCUAAAGGUGCUCGCACGGGCACUUUACCUUUCAUGGCUAUCGAAAUGUUAGCGGAAGAGACCGCCAACCACGUUCCUCAUGCGUACUACCAUGACCUAGAGUCUAUUUUCUACUCUUUGUGCUGGCUGUGCACAUCGCAAGAGGGUCCUAACAAUACUGAGCGCGAUCGCCGAUCGUUCGACUUCAAUAAGUCGGAAGUCGCGAAAUGGACAGGUAUUGGUAUGGAGAAUCCAAGCCUAGAUGACAUCCGGCGAUGCAAGGCUGCGACGAUUCGCGACGAAACCGAGUUUAUCGAGAAAGUCCUGAAUCAAUUCGCACCUUACUUUGAUCCUAUCAAACCGUGCGUACUGACAUUGCGAGACGUGAUGAUCAACGAAGGAUCGAAUUCUGGUGACCCACUUGCACGAUCCAGAGUCAAAGAACGAAUUGACUUUUUGGAGGGAUGUAGACGAGCCGGCAUAUCUAUCAGCCCAAUGAUGUUAAAGGGUAUCCCUAAUUCCCAACGCGAACCUAGUGACGUAUUUAAUUCGCUCUACGACAUCAUCGACUCUACACUCGAAGGGUUGGUCGAGCCGUCUCUUCCACCAACGUGCACGCCAGAAGCAAAGACUAAAGCGAGGGCAGAGGAAGAAUUUAAGAAAGAGGUUAAGCGGAUGAAGUUUAGGAGGUACAUGUCCAUCCGCGAGAUGCAAGAAGAGCGGGAGGCCAACCUUCAGGUCAAAGAGAGCGAGGCUAUCGAGGAAGCAGAGGAGAAGGAGAGAAAGAAGAAAAAGGCCGACGUGGGGGAGGACGAGGAGGAGGACAAUGAGGGGUACGAAACGUUCGAGGAACCAGAACGUCAAAGGCCGUCAUUUACGACGUCUGAGCAAAUAGCCCUCGCCCAUCUGCGGAUGCGAGCUACAAUGAGCGCAUCCCAAAGUUCAGUGCCAGGUCUUACUUAUUCGGGUACCUCGGGCUCAGCUUCUGGCACUCGUUUUGGCUCAACAUCCGGUGCCAGGCUAGGCUCGUCCUCGUGGUCAUCGUCACUAAUGGCCGCCCCGGAAAUUGGCCCGCCUCCCUCGAUGGAAUCUGUAGGGUCGAAACGUGCUUUCGAUGAAGGUGACGAAUCUGAGCACGGACAGCCACUGCUGAAGAAAGCGAGGAAAGUUUCCGUACCGAAAAUGAAACAGCUGCCACGAACGAAGUCUAAGCCGUCGGCAUCGAAGCCAACUUUCCUUGUUCCCGGACUUCCCGCAAGCAGAAGCUUUUCUGGGUCACACCACAGUCUUUCGUUUGCAGGUGUUCCACAAUCGAAAGAGCCCCUCGUUCCACCUCCUUCUGGUGACAGUAUCAUUCCUUCGUCAAUGGAAUCGACUCGGUCAAAACGUUCGUUAUCUGAAAGCUCGGAUGACGAUUCGUUAACAAGCGAUUCUCGGAAGCGGAUGCGGUCUGGAGAUUUCUGA